AUGCCCCAACUCGGGUUUUGGCAUAGUAUGUGCACCCCAGGAGCUCAAAUACUGACGGAAGCUGGAGCAUCCUCUGGACCCAACCCGACAACAUAUGCUCAGCCAUUGUUUCUAGAAAGGGCAUCGGAGUUUGUGGGUACAAAUAGCAUUUGCACUCUCGGAGAAAAUAACAGGCCGAACUGUGGAUGCCCUAACCGAUACACCUUGGUCGAUCCCAGUGAUGAGCCCGGUAAUUGCGCACUGAACUUCACUUUGAGCUCUUGUUUGGAAGAUGAGGAUAAGCGGAACCAUGGUUCGGCCGAGGACAUCUACGCUUUCGUGGAGCUGAAGAAUACAGGUUUUCCUCCGGCCACUGCCAGUUAUGCGCUUUUGGCGCCUUUCUCUGAGGAUGAAUGCAGGAACUCGUGCUUGCACGACUGCAUAGAAACUCUAGUGGAGACGAAUUUGCGGUGUUUCACUUACCAGGAGCUCUUCAAAGCCACGGACGGCUUCAAGGAAGAGCUAGGGAGGGGAGCCUUCGGGAUUGUUUAUAAAGGGUUUAUUCCUAGUGAUGUAGCAGUUGCUGUGAAGAAGCUGACUAACUUAUUUCAGGACAAGGAGAAGGAAUUCAGAACCGAAGUGAAUGUGAUCAGUCAGACCCAUCACAAGAAUCUGGUCAGGUUACUCGGCUUCUGCGAUGAAGGGCAAGAGAGGUUACUGGUUUACGAACUGCACAACGGCACGCUGUCGAGCCUUCUCUUUACAGGUGAAUCCAGACCCAGCUGGAACCAAAGAUGCCAAAUCGCUUCAGCAAUUGCCAGAGGACUGCUCUACUUGCAUGAAGAUUGCGCUAUGCAGAUCAUCCACUGCAACAUCAAGCCACAGAACAUCCUCCUCGAUGAGUACUACAACGUGAGGAUCUCCGAUUUCGGAUUGGCCAAGCUCCUGAAGAUGGACCAGAGCUAUACUCACAAACAUCAGAGGAACAAGAGGGAGUUGUUUGGGGGGCGAAAUGGUGGAGAAAGAGAGAGGGAGCUCUUGACUGAUUGGGCUUACGAUUACUUUAUGGAUGGAAAAUUGGAUGCUUUCGUGGAAGGCGACAUUGAAGCUUUGAGUGAGAAGGAGAAGCUGAAGAAUUUGGCGAUGGUUGCGUUUUGGUGCAUACAAGAGGACCCAUCGUUGAGGCCAACUAUGAAGAAGGUGACUCAGAUGCUGGACGGAGCAGUGGAAGUGCCGGUCCCUCCAUGUCCAUUCGAUUUUAAUGGUUGCACCACCGUCAUUACUCAAUGA